CGAUCCACUUGAUUAUUUAUUUUCUUAAUCUUUUUAUAAUAAUUGUUCAAUUAUCUAAGUCUGUUGAUUUGUUUUUCUUUCUCAUUAACCAUUAGUUAAUUGAUUAGUUUGUCUUUCAUUUGUCUCACAUACUUUGUAUUCAUUUGAUUGUUUUCUUUUCUGUUUUUGCUUUUCUUUGUGCUUUUGUUUGUUUUCAUUUCUACAGUUAUGAGACUUAUAAACUUUGUUGAAUUUAGUCGGAAAAUUGUUGGCGUUGGUCGUAAUUAUUUAGCUCAUGUUAAAGAAAUGAAAUAUGCCAAUAAACCGGAAUCACCGAUCAUCUUUCUUAAGCCUCCUUCCAGUUUCGCAAUUAAUGGUUCAUCUAUCAAAUAUCCUAAGGGAUGUUCAAAUUUACAACAUGAAGUGGAAUUAGCAAUUGUCAUUGGAUCAAGAGGAAGUGAUAUUACCGAAAACACUGCUUGGGAUCAUGUUGGUGGAUACACCAUUGCCCUUGAUAUGACAGCGAGAGAUUGGCAAUCAGAAGCUAAAGAAAAAGGUUUGCCCUGGUCAAGAGCCAAAGGAUCGGACACUUUCUGUCCAGUGGGAAAUUUUAUUCCAAAAGAGAAAAUCGCUGACAUAGAGAACCAACAAAUCUGGUGUAAAGUAAAUGGACAAAUGAGACAAGAUGGAAACACCAAAGACAUGAUCUUCAAAAUACCAUUUCUCAUAAGUCACAUUAGCUCAUUUUUCACCCUGGAACCUGGAGAUGUUAUUCUCACUGGAUCACCCGGUGGAACUGGUUCAGUUAAACCUGGUGAUACAAUUGAAAUUGGAUUGAGUGAUCUGGUUAAAGCUUCGUUUCCAAUCAUCGCUAAACAAUAAGCCUCAUCGUCUUUCAUCUCGAUUUAUCUUUUCCUCUAAGUGUUUACGUUGAUUUAAUUUUCUUUGAUUCGAAAUUAGUUUUUUUUUCUCUCUCUUACUCGUUAAUCUUUAUAGUUCUUUUCUUCUUUCCUUUUAUAUUUUCUUCAACAAACCAAGAGAUAAAUGAGAUAACACUAAGAAUAGAAAAGUUUAUGUAAAUUUCCUAAAUGUGAACAUCUCAACGGUGAUUAUAUGUUAAUCUUUAGUCUAUACUAGUUGAUAUAUAUAAGGUGAUACUUAUUUUCCUUUUGUUUUCCUUCAAAUUUACUCAAUUUAAAUGGUGGAAAAAAUUGUUUCCUUUCUAUCAUUUAGAAAUCAUCACCAUCAUCAUCUGUAACCUGUUGGAAAAAAAACAACUAAAGUCUCACUUUAAAUUGGUGAUAUAAAAAUUAAUCAUUAACAAGCUAA